UCUAAGUGUUUAACCCAUAUUCUUUCUUAAAAAAGUCUUCAAUGACCUGAAUACUGACAAAAUUAAAUUUGACAAAGUUUUUUUUUUCUAACUGAAACAAUGGAGGUGACAACAAGUAUGUUUAACGUUGUUUAUAUCUCAGUCGUUAGUGCUUUUAUGUUUUUCAUGUUAUGUAAAAGUGAGGACACAGGUUAUGGUGAACCAGCUGAUAAUCGAGUUCGGUAUUCAGAGUCAAUUGAGACGAGUCAAGAUUUUGGUGUGUUUUAUUCAUUUGAUUCAGUAAUGCAAGUCUUCAAUGAUCCAAAGUAUUACAACACGACAGAAGUUCGGCAACUAAUGAGGACUUACCAGGAGACUUAUCCUUAUGAUCCUCGCAGGAAGUAUGGCAAGCGGAAACCUUUCAUUGUUGUUGAGAGCACUCGUAGAGACAGUCGGCGCACUACAGGGUGGAUGUUAGCUCGCAGUACAGGGUCACGUUACAUGAGCAACCCCCCACGUAGUCUGGUGCCUCUACGUGACCUGUACGACAAUCGUGGUGGUCUUCUACGUAGAGCCUACUUUAGCAUUAGCAUGUAUGCUGCUGCUCACGAUGUGCUCGAAGUUAUGUAUCGCUAUCCUGUUGUCAUGGUAGGGUAUUGGCAUGACCAGGCAGCGUUCGCCAUAGCCAAGGAGUACCCCAACAUCAGAGAUCUGCCACCAGAGGGCGACCCUAUCUACAGAUGGCCCAGUGAUCUUCUCAAGCCUGACAUGGUCUUCUUCAUCAACUCACCUGACAGGGAGAGCUCUGGCUGGAGAGUCACACCUAAACCUAACUUCUUCAAGCCAAGGUUGGUAGAAGUGAUGAGGCGCAUGUACGGGAUGCCGAUAGUAGAGAUCAACGAUACAUAUCUCUACGACGACAUCCUCAUCAGGAUGCAAACACAUCUAGAACACCACCUGCCUGGACGACUGAACUUCCAACAAGUGUUCUAUAAAGAUAUAAUCGGAUACAGGAACGAAGAAGAAACGUGA